CUGCUUCCCGGCGAAGAUCAACCUCUGCUGGUCAGGAGGGAUGCCUGGAUUUAAACAGGAAGAAGAAAGGGGGAAAAAAAAUCAGUAAGAUUUACACCUGUUCAACAAACAAGCAACAGUUACAGGGACGGAUCUGGGUAUUUGGAAUCGGAGAAAAAAAAAUAUUCUGUGGAGUCGACUCCUGGAACCGACUCCCUCGAUUCCCGUUAAAACCAUUGAAUCAGAAUCGGAGUCGAUUCAAAAUUUCUGGAAUCAAACGACACAUUCGGUAUUAAAGGAAGUAAAACGACACUACCCAUAAACCCACUCGUUUCCAUAGCAACCAGGCAUUCCUUUAGAUGCGUGGGCAGAAAUGUCAGCUUGCUGUUGCUGAUGUACUGCAACUUUUACCAAAGAUACAGAAAACAAACAGAAGAACUGAUGGAGUUUAAUGAACAAACAGAGCCUCUGUUUGAAUCUGCCAGUGACAGGAGGUUCAUGAAGUCACUGAAAGAGUUCCUAAAGAGUGAAAAGGAGCAGUUAUGCUGUCCUGAUGAGGGACCUGAUGAGCAGAGAUACACAGUUUACAGCACAGCUUUCCAUAAGAUAAUCGACUACGCGACGGCUUACAAACCGAUUCUCACGGCCAUCAAGAAAGAAUACGAUGACUUUAUUGCCUCGGUGAAGAACGAUCAGCAUCAGGCCGAGCUUGCUCAUGGAAAACUGAAGGCCAUGCUGGCUCAACCCACCUCCUUAAUGUACUAUCAGAGGAGAGCUGCUCAGCUGCAGGAGAGGAUUGCAACCAUUCAGGGAAACACUGCUGAUUUACAAUCAGAGAUAAAAAGACUUCAAGAGUGCAAAAAUAAACAAGAAGAUUCCCAACAACGGGAAACGUCAGAGGUCACAGUUCCCGCUGCUCAGAUACCAGGUCUUACACUGAGCGAGUCGUUAAACCCUGAAUCCCUGGAUAAACAUCUGGAGCACUUGGAGCAGAAGCGUAACGAACUGUUGAAUAAGAAAAAGAGCCAGUAUGUUCCAGUGCAGGUCAAAACCGACCUGGAUAUAAAAAUGAAGGUCAUAUUGAACCAAAGAGAUGAACUUUCUGUAGAGAACGACAAGCUGCUGCUCCGGUAUAAACAGCUGACUUACCUGAAGGACGCUCUGAGCCGUUGGGAAAAAUCAGGAAGCCGCACUCCUCUACUCGAGCUCCUCUCCUCUGAAUUGAAGCGUGUGUCGGAAAUUAAAGUAUGUGAAGACGACCGCAUUGGCUUCCACACUGAUAGUUCACAAACGGACGAUCCUGGCAAAAUCAAAGAAUCUAAACGUCUGGCGGCUUACGUUGAGAGGUUUGUGAAGCUGUUUGAAGCGGGCGACUAUGAGACAGCUGCUUAUCAUGCUGCCAUGUCUCCUUACGGGAUGCUGAGAAACAUCAACGUCAUGGAGAAAUUCAAAGCUAUCACAGUGUAUCAGGGGGUGGUUCCUCCUCUGCUGCUCUUCUUCCGAUAUUUGAUGAUCUCAGUGCCACCUGGGAAACCGCUGCCGGAAAAGUUGUCUUUGGAGGGGGUCCGCUACGCCCUACGGCAUGGCUACAUCGAGCUGGUGACUUUCGGGGUGUCUCAACACAGGCUGACAUUCAGUGAGGAAUUAGGUGAUCUGAUCUUUAGUCAUGGACACGAUGACCUACGCAUAGUGGACACUUGCUUGGCCCUGGCUCAGACCAUUUACUCAGCCUGCGGCGUGCUCAGGAAAACCGCACUGAGCAUGUGCAAACGAGGCCUGAUCGCCGCAGCUUUAGACUUCAUUUACAGCAACAAAGAAUUCACAAUCGAUGACUGUAUGUUCGUGCUGAGGGGACUUCCCAGUGUGGCUCUGCUGCAGGACUUCACUCAGCCAUGUGACAGCACUCCGGCGCUGAUGUCUGUAGGGUUUAUCUGUCAUUAUCUCCUCAACUCUGACCUGGAGGAUCUGGCUUUCCAACUGCUGGAGCAGAUUCAAGCAGGAGGAAAAGGAGCGUUAGAGAAAACCAUCCUGGAGGAUGAGAUGUGCAGCACAGAGAGCUGGAGCGAAAUCGCCGCCCGCUGCGAGCAAACCAACCGACUUAACCUGGCGCAGGACAUCACCUCCACACUGCUGCUCCAGGACGGUGUCAUGCGCCUCUCCCCAGGCCUCGACAGCGCCAAGCUCAUGGAGCACGUCUUCAUGUAGCGAGCCGACCACCAGGAGGAGCCCCUGCUCACGGAGGGAGGAAGCGCUGGGGUUGGAUAUGUCAGAGCUUCCUUGGCGUCUACAACAUGAGUCCUGUCCAGCAAAGCCAGCUAUCGCAUUACUUUCUUUAAAAAUAACACGAAUGACAUGACAGAUUGAUGUUCCAUCACCACCAGGGGAUGAGGAUCAUCACGAGGAGCAACUGCUGGAGUUCAUCUCAUAGCUACGUGCAGCAAAAUAAUGAAUGUAGUCAUACUUUCAGCAUUGUUUUUACAGUUCUGUGUGCAGAUUGUAUGAACCAAGGGUACUAAACAGUACUAUUUCUUGUCAUUCGAGUGGUAACCCCCAACGGAACAUGUCUUAUAACUUUAGUUAUAAAUUUAAGCUACAAUAUUAGUCCAUAAAGUCUCAAUUUGUAGCCUAAACUUUCUUUUCCAUGGGAAAAUAUCCUUAAUAAAAGUGCCAAAGAUACCCAAUUCCCACCCGCUACCUAAAUUUCUUGAGCACACAAUAACCACUAGUUUUAAUUACAUUAUAAUAUAAUAAUAUAAUAGCUAGCAUAAUGUUAGCUAGCUGCUUAUACUAAUUUUGUACUAAAAACUUGCCUACUGUUAUCAGAAAAAAACAACUUACUAAGGGAAAUUAGUGCAAUGGUUUCCAUUAACCAUGAAAAAAUAUUAAAUACAUAUGGGAAGAUAAAUAAUAGAAGCCCUCAGGAGUUAUUUUUUCCAGCAUAAACAAUAUAACAGUUGACCUAAGAUUAGCUAGCUAGUAAAAUAAUUAAUGCUGUUAAAAUAAUUUGUCUAAUGCUAUCUAGCUUGCUAGCAAACUUCACUUGGUUUUAGUAACACUACUGCUAAAUAUAAACAUAAUGUCGGCUACU